AUGAUUGCGGAGCUGCAGUCGACGCUCUUGGACGCACUCUUGCAGCUCGUUGGUGUCAACAGGCGCAUGCUCAAGGAUGCGCCCCGAAACACGAAGCUGGCCCUGGCCGCAGGUGCUGCGAUGGUGCUUCUCCUCGCCUCGGUGAUGCUGGCGGUGAUGACUGGGGUCAUGCUGCACACCUUCAGAUCUGUGGCCGUGACGUCUUCGGGAGUCCUGGCCGCGCCGGCAGACGAGUCGGCCUUGCUAGGCAUUGGGGAGGCCGUCGACCUCUGUGGCCUCGUGGAUUACCCAAAGCUGCCAGCACAGGACCUGCGUCGAAUCCAGGAUGUGGCUUUCUCUCUGGAUGGGACGCACGAGGCUCAGCAUCAGGUGUCUGCGGCAGGUACAACUCGACGGAGUGUACGGGUGAUCUGUGCAAAGAUCGCAGGGAUCAUUGAGAUACUGGCUUGA